UAAUGUACUCACCCACUCUACCCCACCAUGCCCCCUUAUAAUUCGCUAGCCAUUCCCCUCAUCCCACAUUGGAGCUUCUUAUGGUUCCAUAGACCAAACCGCUGGGUACCUAUGUUCACGAGCUACUCAAGUGCAAGUGGUGUGGAGUGAUAUUGCUUGUGAACCUCGCUGGUUUGGGAUGUCGUGUCGUCACAAAAUCAUCCCAUAUUGCGCCUGUGUAACGGAAGAGAAUAAGUCCUUAACUGCGUCUUCAACAUCUCAAGUUCGGGCGCUCGGGUAGUACGUGUGGUGUCGAUACACGACAUCAUACCAUAAGAGAACCUUCUUCGCACCUCACCUCGCCGAGCGUCUCCUGUUCCUCAGCCCAUCUAACCAUCUCACCACCCUCUUCCUCUUCCUCUUCAACUUGCCACUUUCACUUCUCUGUCCAGCUUUCCGAAUCUCACUCGCAUCAUAAGCUGGGACAUAUCAUCAUACCCCAAGCUAAUCAUGGAGUGGGAUACCAAAGAACGGUUUUACCGCCAUUUCCAAGUAUCAGUAGCCACCCUGAGAGAAAAAAUCAGCCAGCUCCACACCAUCGCGGCCGUCGGCGGCGAGCGGCAAGAUGCGAUCGAGAACGUGCUGAACGGUAUCACGCGCCUGUCCAACGAGGUUGCCGACGCCGCUGACUACGUGCCCGCCUAUGACCGGCGCCUCUAUUCCGACGAGAUCAAAGCGCUUAAGGAGCAGCUAGACGAGGCGACGGCCGCAUUCGCGCCCAAGAUCCGCUUCCGCUUCAAGCCCCGCGCCCCAGGCGCCGGUUCGACGAAUGCAGGCUCUUCCGCUUCCGACCCGCGGAGGCUGAACCCGACAACAGCCACUCCCGCUUCCAACAGCACCGGCGAUGGUGCAUCAACGACAUCCACCGGAGCGGAAGCGGAGGCAAAGGACGCCGUCGGCUCGCUGCCGGCCAUCGGCAGCAGUAGCGGCAGCAAGGACUACCACGACGAGAUCGCACGCCCGGCAGGAGCUGGAACGGAACAAGAGGGUGGAGGAAUCCGUAGGCCGAGUUUCUCCGCCGCCCGGACCAUCACGCUGUCGGACCACACCAAGCUGCACAUCCUGCUGCCGCCGUCGGCGUCGCGCGCGACGGCGGCCGGCGCGCUGACCAACCUGACUCGAUGCGUCGUCGACAUGUCGGUGCCGACCAUAAGAAGGAACGCGCCCUUUGCGAGCCUGACGCUCAAGGACAUCUCCGGAUGCGUCAUUGUGGCCGGCCAAGUCGAUGGACCCGUCCACGUCACAGGUCUGAAGGACAGCAAAGUCGUGGUCACGGCCCGCCAGGUGCGCAUCCACGAGUGCGAGAACGUGGACUUUUACCUGCACGUUAUGAGCCGGCCGAUCAUUGAGGACUGCAAGGGCGUGAGGUUUACGCCUGCGCCGGAGACUUAUUUGACGGACAAGGAGAGGCAGGAGACCAACCUGUAUGAUCAGGUCGACGACUUCAAGUGGCUGAAGGCAACUCCCUCGCCGAACUGGAGCCUGGUACCGGAAGAGGAGAUUAUUCGGGAUGAGACCUGGAGUGAGACGCUUUCAGGAACUGCCAAUCUGGGGGUUGAACGGAUUCUCAAAGUCUUUGGCGUAGGCAAAGCGCCCCAGAUGUCGUAAGGUAAUACCCGAUCGUAUCAGGGAAGAAGAGCCGGAGUUGUUUUCUGGCGUUGGUUUUCUCGAGGCAUAGUAUCGCCAUUAGGAAGGCUGGACUGAGGUUUCGAGAGCACAUGUGGCACAAAUAGAACCAUCGAUGCUUUCCCGUCCACAAUCCUUCGCAGACUUCACCAAAGUGUGACUAUACCGAUACCGUAGGCUUCAGCAUCCACUUCCGGUCGGCGCGGUGAA